AUGUCCCAGUUUCAUUUCCUAUUGUUAUGGUUUUUGAUGCACUGUUCGCCAGCUUCCUCCAUCGACCCGAAACGAUUCUACCAACCGGGCAACGUUACUCUAGGUGUCUUGCUUCCUCUUCACGUCAGAACCGCCCAGGAUAAAUGCGGUGAGUUUUACGCUUUCGGUCUUGGAUACACCGAGGCUAUAGCUUUUGCAAUCGAGCGUAUUAACAAGGAUGCUGAGCUUCUACCAAAUGUGACACUGGGCUUCGACAUUCGAGACUACUGCGACACACCUGUUCUCGCCAUGAAAAUAGCCAAUGACUUCGUGAAAAGUAAUUAUCUGAACGAAUUGCUUGAAGAACAAGGUGAUAAGAAGUUUAGGUCAAAGCUUACAAUAAAUAUGGAUUAUCUAACGGAACCGAUUUCUGCGGUUAUUGGCACGGAAGAUUCAAGUAGCACUACUCUCGUCUCGAGUUUAUUGCAUGUGGCUGCCAUUCCAACUAUAAGUCCUUUCGCUACCAGCGAAGAGUUGAGCUCACCGUAUUUUAACUCCUUUUUUCGCACCAUUCCACCCGAUGGCCAACAAGCUAAAGCCAUGGUUGACAUAAUAGAGUAUUAUCAAUGGACGUAUAUUGCAGCCGUAGCCGUCGACCAUUCCUACGGUCGAUACGGCUUACGAGCGUUGGAACGAGAAGCUUAUGAUCGAAAAACGUUCUGCAUCGCGUUUUCGGAGUACAUCACUCGUUCGGGAUACAAAGGAAAAAUAACAUCAAUCGUCAGAAAACUCAAAGAUGCUGAAAAUAUCAAAGUGGUCGUCUUAUGGAGCAACUAUGAACCUGCAAAAAGAUUUCUGGAAGAAGCGACUGCGCAGGGGCUUGAAGGACGAACAUUUCUUAUUAGUGAAGCAAUAGCUUUCAUCAAUCCAGACGUUUUGGAAAAAAACGCUGUCAUACUCAAAGGAGCGAUAGGAAUAAGGCCUUAUCUAUUCACAGACCAUCUGUUUGAGGAUUAUCUAAAGGGAAUCACACUAAAUAAGACCCGAGAAAGCGCCAAUCCGUGGUGGAAGGAGUUUUGGACAAGCCAUCUAAACUGCUCCUCAAUGUCUGAAGGUGCUUGCCUUAACCCGGCAAAAAUAGACGAUCGAGCCUUCGCCAAACUGCACAACGCGUUCAUUCCUUAUCUGACAGACGCCGUCCAUGCCCUUGCACACGCGCUGGACUCUUUACUGAAGUGUAAAAAGCCCGGAGGUGGACCUUUAGCGAGUGGGUACUGUCCUGAGCAAAAUGCCAACUUCACAGCUGAAGCCAUGCUUCUGAAACUCAGGAAAGUGAGUUUUCAAGGCAUAACAGGGCAAGUGCAGUUCACCGAAAGUGGUGAUCCCACUUUUUCGUCGUACGAUAUCGUGAACUUUCAGAAACAGGCGGAGAAUUAUGAAAAUGUUAAGGUGGGGACAUGGACAGGGGGAACUCGUACCAACCUCACAAUCAACGACAAACAAAUAAAAUGGACUAAUGAAGAAAGUGAGCCUCCCAUAUCCACGUGCAGCCACCGUUGUCCUCCGGGAACUAAGCAGACGAUCACUGUGUCCUGUUGCUGGGAAUGCAUUAAGUGUCCCGUGGGCUCCAUCAGUAAACAGCAUAGCUCUCCCAACUGUACAAAGUGCCCACAACUGCAUAAAUCAAACGGGGACGGUACAGCAUGCCUGCCUUUGCCAGUUAUCAACAUCAAGUGGUCAGAUGUUACUGCAGUGGUAUUUUUAAUCCUAACGGUUAUUGGAUUGCUUGCAACAGGCAUGACCAUCUUUGUUUUUAUAAAGAACCAGAGUACACCAUUGGUGAGCGUAUCCAAUCGCGAACUUAGCCUUCUUUUGCUUGUCGCAAUCGCUUUGUGUUUUGUUCUCACCUUCCUCCAUCUUGCUCAGCCAACAAAGACGUUAUGUUGUAUUAUUUAUCCCCUAAGGUACUUUAUUAAUACGACUUUUGUUUCCAUCCUCUUCUUGAAGACAAACCGUUUGGUCCGCGCUUUUCAGACCAACAUCAUUCCAAACUGGUUCAAGCGAUACAUCGUGGAUCGCAAACGUCAAUUUCUUGUGGUCCUGGGACUCAACAUAGUUGAAGUUAUUCUGGCAGUGUUGUGGCUAACUCUUGAUCCACCUUACGAGCACCAGGAGAUACGAGUACAGACACACGUGUUUUACACCUGUAUGCCAUUCAGAUCAGCUAUCGGAAGUGUCCUUAGGGCAACCAUGUUUAGCUAUUUCAUUUUGCUGUCUCUAGUGUGCGCUGGUUACGCCUUUAAAGCCAGGCGACUUCCGGAGAACUUUAACGAAACGAGAUACAUCGGGUUGGCGAUGUACGUGCUCCUGAUUUCCUGGGUGUCAUUUUACCCGGUGGACACGUCCCUGGAGGGUUUUUACACAACCAUUGUGGCCUGCGCCACCGCCCUCGUCACUGCAUAUGGAAUUCUUUUGUGCGUUUUCGCGCCAAAACUAUUUGUCAUCCUGCUUCAUCCAGAGCAAAACACAAACGAGUUUAUGAAAGCUGAAAUUGGACAGUUCACGAAGAGGGCUACGUUUUCAACAAGAAUCCAACAAGCGAAGGUUCAGCCCACAAACGCGAUUAAAAACAAUUACACUUAG